CGGCAUCCCUCUCACUUCAAUCUCCUUCCUCUUAUUUUCUGAGGAGUUCAAAGAAAGCUUUAAAGCACUUCGUAGAGGGGAGAGGGAACAGGGGCGACCUGACCAAUUUAGAACACACAAGGAAGAGACAGAGAAAGGGAGGGAAAGAAUGGUGAGCAAAAUGAACAUGCUUGUGUUGAUGGUGUUCCUAGGAGCCACGAUCCAGGGUUGCAGCGCUCAGACGUCGCAUGUGGUCGGCGAUUCACUCGGGUGGGUCAUCCCACCUGGUGGCCCGAUAGCCUACUCGACUUGGGCCGGAAACCAGACCUUCGUCGUUGGCGACACUCUGGUCUUCACUUUCACGACCGGAGCACACGAUGUGGCCGAGGUAACUAAGGCAGCAUACGACGGCUGCAGCUCCACGAGCCCCAUCUCGCUCCAGACCACAGGGCCGGCGAGCAUCCGCCUCAACCAAUCCGGCGAGCACUUCUACAUCUGCACGAUUGGCAGUCACUGCAGCCUCGGCCAGAAGCUCGCCAUCAACGUUACCGCCACUACGCCUUCUCCAACAGGCUCUGCCACCCCUCCGACGCCAGGGAAUUCAGCCGCCUCUUUGAGCGUCACUGGCUUGUUCUCGUGGAUGUUGUCUGUUGCCGUAGUGUUGUUGUACUAGAUUAGUUUACUGUUCCAAUAUGUUGUCUGUUGCCGUAGUGUUGUUGUACUAGAUUAGUUUACUGUUCCAAUAAACUCUCAUCAAACUCUUAAAAGUAAUUAUGGUAUUCUAUUAUUGGUCAGUGUUUCCUGCCGUCCGAUUUUCCACAAAAUUAGCAAAACUAAUAUCCUUUGCUCUAUCCCACCCUCAGGAACGAAACUCUCGAGAGGUUAAUUGGAAUCCCAAAGGUGAUGGUGAAUUUUGGUACCCAAGAAGAGUGAGACUUACUAUUAAAUCACAAGUUCUAAGUCUUGCUUGGUCUGCCUAU